AUGGAGUCAAUCUCGGGCUACUCGGCCUCCGCAGGCAGACCGCGAUCUUCCGAUAACGCUUCCACCAGGGACGAACGAACAUCGAGUCCCGAACCAUCUACGUCCACAACGGCAUCGAUGGAGGACAAUGAGACCGUCUUUCUCAAUAAGCCGUCAUUGGGUGAAGGCAACGUCUCCGGUGCAUCUCCAAUUCAGAGUUCCAACCCCGUCGAUACAUCGAAUGACGAACCCCGUAAAUGUUGGAUUUGCUACACCGACGAGACCGAGGACUCUCCCCUGAAUGCCGAAUGGCGCUCUCCGUGUCCAUGUGCCUUGACGGCGCACGAAGCCUGCCUACUGGAUUGGCUGGCCGACUUAGAAAACCCCCGAUCCCGAAAGCGAAACGGCCGCAACGCAAAGAUGAUGUGCCCCCAGUGUAAAUCCGAGAUUGUCGUGUCGCGCCCACGCAGCUACAUCGUUGACACGGUUCGGAUGUUGGAACGGGUUGCUGGCCGGCUGGUUCUUCCGGGUAUGGUGUUCACCCUGGCGGGCACGGUCUGGGCUGGAUGCUGUGCGCACGGCGUCUAUUCGAUGUAUUUUGUUUUCGGUCCGGAAGAUGCCCGGCAAAUCCUGGAAGAGGGCGUGGAUGGAUCAUGGAACUCCGGUCUCAACCUGGGGCUGCCGCUCAUCCCACUGGUGUUGAUCUUCUCGCGGACUCGUUAUGCGGAAGGGCUUCUCCCCGCGAUCCCAGUACUGUUCUUCGCCACACAUAAUCCCAGUCAUGAUCCCGAUUUCGAUCUUUGGCCACCUAGCGCCGCGAUGACGUUUGCGGCUCUGCCCUAUGUCAAAAGUUUCUAUGGCACCAUUUAUGAAAGGCUAUUUGGCAAGUUAGAAAGGAGAUGGAUCGCGGAGGUGCAGCCCCGGCAAUCGGAUGUCAACGAGUUCGACGACAACGCGCCUCCCGAACAUCCGGAAGCCGACCCGCCUCGGGAUGACGGCAAUGGCCAUAUCCUAAUGGAAAUCGAUUUGGAAUUGCAAGUGGGGAUGGGCGACAACAAUGGGGCCGGGGAUCAAGACCAGGGCGCUGCUCCGAAUGGCCAGAUGGGACUCGGUCGACGCGACGACCUGAUCAAUGAAACGAGCAACCUUGCUGAUAUCAUCCUCGGGGCUCUCGCAUUUCCGGCCAUAUCCGCGUCGAUGGGCGGGCUCCUCAAGUACGUCCUCCCGAAAGCAUGGACUGCGGCGCCGUCCGCGUUGGAACGCAGCCGACCGGGACUUCUACAGACGCGAUGGGGCCGAAGUGUGGUUGGCGGCUGCGCCUUUGUGCUGCUGAAAGAUGCAUUGGUUCUGUACUGCCGAUGGAAGCUGGCGCAAACCCACCGGCGACGGAAGGUGCUGAACUACGAUAAAGCGAAGAAGCAAGUGGUAGGGAAACGGUGA